AUGGUAGGUACCAAUACAAAUGAGGUUCCAAUCAAUUAUGACAGAAAACGUGAACUAAGAGCUUUUGAUGACACCAAGGAAGGUGUUAAAGGCCUUGUUGAUGCUGGGAUAACUGUGGUUCCUAGAAUUUUUCAUCAACCACCAGAUCAGUACUCCACCAACAACAACUUUGAUUCAGAAGCCACCCAGUUUAGCGUUCCAGUCAUAGACCUUGAAGGCCUUGAGUUCGAUAGACCAAUGAAACGCAAGGAGAUUGUUACAAAAGUUGGAGAGGCAUCAGAGACUUGGGGAUUUUUUCAAAUUGUGAAUCACGGAAUACCUAUUGAUGUUUUGGGGGAGAUGAAGGAUGGGGUACGUGGGUUUUAUGAGCAAGACACUCAAGUGAAGAAACAGUUUUAUACUCGAGAUCACUUCAAACCUGUGGUCUACAAUAGCAACUUUGAUCUACACAGAGCACCAGCGACUAAUUGGAGGGAUUCUUUUAUGUGCUACAUGGCUCCUAAUCCUACUGAGCCAGAAGACAUGCCAGAAGUAUUCAGAGACAUACUUAUUGAGUACUCCAAGCAAGUAAUGAAAUUGGGGAAGUUGUUGUUCGAGUUGCUGUCGGAGGCUCUUGGGCUAAAGCCAAGUCACUUGAAUGACAUAGAUUGUAGUUUAGGGCUUGUGCAUGUAGGCCAUUACUAUCCCUCAUGUCCCCAGCCAGAGUUAACUCUGGGGACAAGCAAGCACGCUGACAAUGACUUUAUCACAGUCCUUCUGCAAGAUCAUAUUGGCGGUCUCCAGGUUCUUCAUCAAAACAAGUGGAUUGAUGUACCUCCUGUUCCUGGGGCUCUAGUAGUUAACAUUGGAGAUCUUCUACAGCUUAUAUCAAAUGAAAGAUUCAAGAGCGUAGAGCACAGGGUACUAGCGAACCGUGUAGGUCCAAGAGUAUCGGUUGCAAGUUUCUUUAGCACAGGUAUGCUACCAUUGGGGAGACUCUAUGGACCUAUCAAAGAACUAUUAUCAGAAGACAACCCCCCAAAGUACAGGGAGACAACUAUAAGGGAAUAUAAUGCCCACUUCAUUGACAAAGGCCUUGAUGGGACCUCUGCCUUGACUCAUUUUGAGCUUUGA